CUGGGCGGGAACUCGCUGCAUAACUUCGCCUACCGAGUAACCUAAUGUCCCAUCCCAUCCAAAUAGCAAUAAAACUUCCUUCCCCCCCGUCUUCCCUUUCCCUUGCUGGUCCCUUUCCCUCAUCUAGACUCCAUUCUUUUUUAUCUAUUUUCUCCACCGAAGCUCCCUUCUUCCAGAAGACAUCUUCAUCUCACUCGCUACCCAACCUUCGUUCGUUCAACAAACAACCACCAACAUGAAGUUCUUCGUUCCUCUCGCUCUCCUUGCCGCCGUUGGCGUCUCCGCCGCGACCACUGUCAGCACUGCUGCCUCUGCCAGCUCCACCGCGUGCGAUGCCGACUACAUCGUGACCCAGUGCCUCGAGACCGAGGAGAAGAAGCCCGCCCUGUGCGAUUCGACCGACUACGGCUGCCUCUGUGCCGCCUACCAGUCCAUCGCUACCUGCUACAACAACUGCCCCAACGACCCCCGUGGUGCUUCCGCCCAGAACCAGGUCACCGUCAACUGCGCGAACGCCUCCAUCUACAGCACCACCAGCAAGAAGUCCACCAAGACUGCCGCUGCCGCCUCUGGUGCCUCCGAGACUUCCACCACUGCUGCCGCCGCUGAUGCUUCCGCCACUGAGUCUUCCGCCACCGCCAUCCAGUCGUCCAGCCCUUCAGCCACCGGCAAUGCCGCUGGCGACCUGGCUCGCAACACCGGUGGUGUCCUCCUCGCCGUUGCUGGUGUUGUUGCUGCCCUUCUGUAAAUGGAUUCAAAACUACCGACCGCAUUUGUUGAUCCAAAUGUGAAUCGCGUGGAUGCAAGGACUUACGAGUAUAUAAACAACUACUUAAUUAAUUAAUUCACGUCCACCAAUGUUGUAA